AUGGUAGGGAGAAGGAAGAUCAAGAAGAAGAGGCAGAAAUUCGACGAGACCUACGCAGAAAGUCUUCGUCGAGGGCUUCGAGUAUCUAUGGAAUCGCAAGCCUCGAACACAGUCCGCUGCCCUGCUUUGGCGCGCGAUGUAUUACUGGUGAAGCAUUUCGAAACGCCCAUUUGUCCUCAGCAUUUCGAGCCAUCGGACAACGUGUCGGCGCGUGGUGAUAUUUCCUGGGGGAGUAUCAAGGGUGGAUUUCUACUGCCACCGGAGAUCCGAGAUGCUAAGAUUAUUUGCGAAGGUGAUGAAUCGACUGCAAUUCCUGAGGAUGCGCAAACUUGGGACGAUGAGUUUGUAUGA